AAAUCAUCAAAUGUUUUCCCUCUCCCGCUGUGGGUUAGCAGCGGUGAAGGAGUGUCAGACUCUUACUGACUAAAAACCGUCGCAUCCGCAUUUACGGACGCCCUGAGCCUCUCGGCUAGAGCGUUUGCGGCGUGCCCGCUGGCUGCUACCGGGACCUCCAGCAUUCGGGCGCCCGUUGCGUUCACCCUGAGCCGAAGGCCCUCGGUGAUACACAAAGAAGAGAUUUUAUAAGAUUUAUUCGGAAAUUUCUAUGAGAGUCGAAAGAACUAUGUUGAAAGAUUAUAUAUGCAUUUAAUACAGAUACGUUAAGAAGGCGCUUAAAUAAUGUUUUGUACCACACUUUUGUACGUUUUCUUUCACAAACUCGUAGGUUUUUUUACCCUUAUUGGCUGCUUUAUUUAGGAUAAGCUGACAAAUCUCCAACCAGCAUUUCCACACGAGAAGACUUUCGUCCAGGUUUAGGUCGGCAAGGUUUUGCCCAGGAGUAUACAUCUUCUGAAAUUUUUUGUUCAGGUGUAAAAGAAUCGCCUCGGAGUCCAGGUCUAGCGCAGACAUGUCAUCAUUGUUAUUGAAAUGAAGACAUUUGUUUAUCAUUAUAAAUCGGUCGAUAGACAUGUGUGCGCUAAUUUCCACAAGACUUUCAAUAUCCGUUUGAAUAGAAUCAAAUUCGCUGUAUGACUCUAAUAUUUUAUUUAAACGAGCUGUUAUUUCAAGAACUUGAACCUUAUUAAGAAUUUUAUUAGGCAAAAAUGUUUCUUUCUAGAGUAGUUUCGGGUAUUAUGGCACACCAUAAUCCUUUUAGAAAAUAAAACUAGAAGUAUAUGAGAUCAAUCAGUCUUCAUUGGUUAAUUAAGUCGUCAAACUAAUCAGUAAUCUAGAACUAGAAACUUAAUGGCAACAUAAUUUCGCAGAAUAACUAAAAAUAUUGUUUUUCUUAAACUUGAACAUUUCCAAAGUCUGUUCCUGGUGGGGUAAUAUAGCCUAGGGCCAUAUUGGCCGGUUAGGGCCAUGUUGGUUGGUUACUACUAUAAUACGGUGACACAUAUGUUUACACAUUCAUAACAUACGAAAUAUCACUACUAAAACACUAUUAUACAUAUUAGUCUUUUCUAUUUUCUUCUUAAACGAGUCUCUCAAGUCGUUUUUGUAUGGAGAUGAAGUCAGCAAUGUCGAUUUACAAGCUCUUCUGCCUCGUUUACUAGUCUUUCUAGGUGUUAUUUCUGGAAUCGGAGAUAACUGAAAGGGUGUUAUAAAAUUGUGUGUGGCCCCAAUCGCAUUGUCGCGACUGGCGUUCAUCUUUUUGAGGGCCACCUGUCUGAAGGCGGACUCCACUGGCUUCGCAAAGUCCGCCCUCCUCUCCCGGCCGACGCGUCUUCCUCGGAGGAGCUCUGGUGAGUUGCUGUUUCGUUACCCCCAGCGGCCCUCUCGCUAACGGGCCUCCUAUCGGCCUUUUUGACCGAGGCCCCGCGGCCACCGGAGAAAGACCCUAGGUCGUCCGCCUUCCUCUUGAGGAAGGUCUCAACCCUGUGGUCCUUCUUGCUGCGGGGGACCAGUUCCCUCACUGGAUACGGACUCGCACUCCGAGACCGCAUCCCACUCCCGCCCUAUCUUUGUCUUUUUAAUUUUUUUGUUUUUGAUUUCGGAUUCCAUAAAUGUUCCCACGAGUAUUUAACGUUAUUAAACACAGGGCAGAAUGUUAGCACGCAGGCACCGACUACUCUCGGGAAGAGCCCCGAGGGGUGCCGGCGUCCGCACCCCAGGGUGCACGUGGAAGUUUUCUGCCCCAGCACCCCAUACUACUAUUUCCAACCGACUUACUGAAAAGGAGGAUUUUUAUUCGGUUGUUUUUCUUUUUCAAUAUUUCCGUGCUUGGGCGGGCACGUUAAGCAUUUGUCCUGUUACUUAGGCUCGUUUUAACCGACAAAGAAAAAUCUUAAAACAGCUAUUUCUUUUGUUAGUUUCGGGAUUUUUUCCAUGCAGUUCCCACGAGUAUUGAACUUAAGUCUUAACAGUCCACGGAAAGACGAGGGUGGCUAUAGAAAAAACUUAUGGCCAUAGCCUCUCUCAUAAAGUCCAACCAUUUAGCCUGUAAUCGCAAUUCAUCAUCUCUUUGUCUCACCCUUUCUUGCAUCUCUAACUCCUAAGUCCUCUGUCACUCUAGGCUCACGCUCACGCCUAUCACGCUCUCUAGCAUACUCCUUUGCCUUUCUAUCCGCUUCUGAAAACAUUUUUCCUAUUUGUUGUUCCUUGGCUUUUUUUUGUGGUGGUGGUUUCCACGUCUCUUCUUCAGAUAUUUGAGGAGAUGCAGGAUGUGCCUCAGUCGAUGGGAGAGCAGGGGUUUCAUCUGGUGGACUCGGUCACUUGAGUUAACAUACCUUGCGCCAUUUCUCCUCGGACCUAGAUUCGCCUGUGCCUUCACUAUUUAAUUGAUUUGACAAUUCCUUCCAUUUCAUUUGUAUGAAAUUCCGCCCUCGUGGGCCGCCUGAAGGUUUAGACAAAUCUCCAUUUCUGGAAUAGAAAUAGCAUUGCACUUAAAAUACUUCACACUAAAGUUUAUGCCACUCAAACUUAUUAAAACUGUUUACUCACGCUUCCAUGAAUUCAACCAUCAUCUCAUAUUGCGUAUGACUGGUUCUCAUAAUGUUUUAUUAUCUUAAAAGCACUUAAUUAUUUGUAGAAAAAAAAAUACAGAAAUACUUUUGUUGUGGACGUGUAGCAAAACAUAAACAAACUCUAGGGACGGGUCUGAUAUGAAGGAACGGAAGACGAAAUUGAUGUAACAUCUCAUCACCUAGCCUACUAGGGUUUCAGAUAAGCCAGCCAUCCCAUAAGCCCUCUCUGGGCCCAUUAUAUUUAGGAUUUUCUCCGUUGUUUCUGAGAGGCUCGGAAUGGUGGUACUGUUUCCUGUCAGGGAGCGUGCUGCAUUGGCACGUGCAGUAUCAUGCCGUGAAUUUUUUUGAGAUCGCGCCACGUUAUAAGUAAUUGAAUAAAAUGCCGUCCGCCACUUUUCCACAGUUUUGUUGGGUCCGUAUUCUUUCAGCAACUGCUGGAUACCGAGCCAUUCUUCGUCGUGGUCUUCCUUGCCCAGAGGACCUCGGUAUUCGCCAUUUGCAAAUAGAGUGUGGGUAGACAUAUAGUCUACCAACAUCUCAAUUUACUUAUGCACUUGGAUUCAUUUCGAUUUUCCCUUUCAAGGUUUUGUGUUUUGCGUAGUUUUUGGAACGACUUUGGUAGUGUUUGUGCAUUAGCUUCACAAUUGGCUGCUCAUUUCCAAAAAGCUUUUUUUUCCUUAACCUUUAGGCUGCGUUUCCACCAGAGAUGUGCGAGGAUGCAUAGCGAGGGAUGUGUUUGUAAAGAACCAAUAGGAUCGCUUCAUUUACCUUGCCUCGGUCAGCACAGCUCUGGUGGAAACGGCUCAGCGGAGCUAGAUUUUUGCGCAUACAAAACAAGCGCGGGAUGUGUGCGAGGGAUGUGUACGAGGGAAGUGUGCGAGGAAUGUGUGUUGAGAAAGAUGUGUUGCGAGGUUUGCGCAUACUGUACCAGCCAGUCCAUAGACGGAGUUUGUUGGAAGUAGAAGUGCGCAAAAUAGAUAAUAAUAUGGAUAAUUGGAAAAAGAAAAUACUUUUACAUUUAACAAUUUGUGAUGAAGAAAUGGAAGCAGAAGAUACGGAGUUUAUUAGUUCUAUAAUUUUGAGCAAUACAAGAACACACAGGUUUUGGAUACGUAACCAUAUUAAAUAUCAUCGAUUACAUGGAGAAUUCUUUACCUUUUUUCAUACGGCUGAUGAUGAAAUAUUCGAAAAUUCUUAUCGAGUAUCUAGAAGUAACUUUUAUGAGUUACACAAUUUGAUUGAGAACAUUAUCAAGAAAGAAGACACUCACUACAGAGAAUGCAUCAGCACCAAGGAAAAAUUGGCGGUAUGUUUAAAGUAUUUAUCCACGGGCUCGUCGUUCACACGAUUGGCAGAAAAUUUUAGGAUUGGAGUAGCAAGUGUGUCGAGAAUUGUGGCAGAAGUUUGUAAUGCUCUUUGGCUUGUUUUACAACCUCUUGUUAUUCCAAAACCUACCAAAGACGACUGGAAGCGAAUAGCAAAGGAUUUUCAAGAGCUAUGGCAGUUUAAAAAUUGUUUGGGGGCUCUAGACGGUAAACAUGUUUAUAUAAUGUGUCCUGCAAACACUGGGUCCUCUUUUUUUAAUUACAAACAAAGAUUUUCUAUAGUGCUUAUGUGCUUAGCUGACGCUAGGAGAAAGAUUAUAAUGGUUGAUGUGGGAUCCAUGGGAAGAUUUAGUGAUGCUGGAAUAUUUGAUGAUAGUGUUUUUGGAAAAUAUUUGAAAGAAAAAAGAUUGAAUCUUCCAGAACCUGAACCAUUAUAUGAAGGAGGUGAACCAGUACCAUUUGUAUUCAUUGGAGAUGAGGCUUUUCCUUUGAUGGAAAAUUUCAUGCGCCCAUAUCCGCGGGACCAGUUAGACCAACAGAAACGUAUAUUUAACUAUAGACUUUCGAGGGCACGUCGCAUUGUAGAAGCUACAUUCGGUGUAUUGGCACGAAAGUGGUAUGUGUAUCGUAAAGACUUUGAAUGCAGAGUGGAAACGGUUGACAAAAUCGUAAAAGCCACAUGUGUAAUGCAUAAUUUUUUAAUUGAAAGACAAAGUAAUCAUUUGGAUUGCAUUGAUAACACAAAUACAAGUACUCUUGUAUCGGUUCCUAGCAUUUCCGUCGUCGUGUCAAGUGAUAGUUAUGAUGUAAGAGAGAAAUACUGCUCUUAUUUCAAUAAUCAAGGAAAAGUGUCAUGGCAAGAUACUCGUAUUUCGUCACGAAUUCAUCGCACACAAUAAAUACCCAAAUAUUGUAACUUGUAUUUUAAUAUACCUGAUUUUAAUACAUGAUUAUUACUUACCAUCUUUA